AUGGGGGGGGCCCUGAAGGCAGCGCUGACCCCUCCCCAGUUCCCGACUGCUCUGCUGCUGGGUGCCGACAGAGGGCAUCUCGUGCUCGCCCCAUGGGGGGAGGUUCAGACCUGGAGCAGGGAUGCUAAAUAUCAGUUAAUUGAAUAGUCCAGUAACUGUUACUGCCAACAGGUGGAUUUGAACCUGGGCCUGCUGAAGCUUAGUAUAGGAGUCUCUAUCCCCUGAGCUAAAAGCCCCUGAGCUCUUAGCCCAUCCUGUAGAGGUCUCUUGGUCUUAUCUGUUGCUGUGCUCUAGGUACGGUUGCAUGGGACAGUGCCCCAGCCACACCAAGUGUGUGGGUUACAUAAUCUCAUGAAUUUUUAUCAGUUAGUUGACUGUUCUAUAGUCUUAUGGGGCAGCCACUGUAUCAGAGGCAGCAGUGCAGGGUGCCAGGCAAGAACUGAUCCACUAGGGGAGCCAGUUUAAAAACCAGCUUGCUUUCUGGAUCAGCUACCUGUCGUCCAGUGCUGUGGCCUCUGAUAAAGAGGCAGCAGUAUGGGGUCUGAGCUCCUGGACCCAGUACAAGCCGGAACUGACCCAGGCUACUUGCCCACCUGGCUCCUAAUACACUUUAAAAAUGCAGAGCCACAGUAGGGGUAGGUUCUGGACCUAGCGGUAGCCAGAAUUGAACCAGGUUGCUGGCCAGCCUGCAGAAAAUGUACUGGCAAAGGUGAGGGGAGGGAAAUGCUGUAGUCUAUAGCAUUAACCCAUAAGCUUUUGCUUAUUGGCUAAUCGGUUAAUUGACUACACUAUUACAUCCUUAGCCUGGAGAGGGAGGCAGAAGUCACUUGCAUCUCUGUUUUAGACCUGGUUGCUGCUAGAGUUCACUGGCAAGGGCCAGUUAACUGGUAAGCAUACCGUGCCAGCAGUGUUCUGGAAUCUUAAAGACAUCAGAAAACAAUCUCUAAAUAUGUCUCUGUUAGUUGUCAGCCGUGCAGAGUGAAGAGAUGACAGUAAAACUGCUGGAAUCCCUGGCUAGAUGUUCCAGUGUUUUAAUGAAAAUAUCUGAGUUCCAAGGCCUUCAUAACCCUAGGCAUUUGGUGUUACAACUAAGCAAUGAUGCUAGGGCAUCAUUCAGAACUCUAGCAGCAAACACAGUCUUGAACUUGUGCACUCAUCAGACUGCUACCAGUUGCUUGACAAAUCUGCAUGUACAACUCAAGUAUUGGCAACUGUCAGAAGCAAAAGCAUCUACUACACCAAAAAAUGUGAAUUACCGUAUUGGAAAAUUUUAUCCUCCGUUCAGGAACCAUUUUAGUACUUUAGGGACUAUGAACUACAAGGAUGGACCAAAUGGUGUUAGAAAGCUUACGAAAAUACCAACAAGAUCUUAUUCAGUUGUAUCAACUAGUAAAAUAUUGCCAAAGCAAAGUAUUCUGCCAACUAAGAGACCACUGAAGGCUCCUAGGACCAAACAGCCAUCCAGAGCUAACCAGCCAUUAGUGUCAGAAAUAGAGGAUCUGAUGCAAUGCACAGCCUUCGCAACAGCAGAUGAAUAUCAUCUUGGUAAUCUAUGCCAUGACCUGACUUCAUAUGGAUAUGUUGAAAUAACAAGUUUGCCUAGAGAUGCAGCAAAUGUUUUGGUUAUUGGCACAGAAAAUGCUGCAAAAGAAUAUGAUCCUGGGAUGAUAUUUUUCUUCAGGGAAGGGUCUGUUGUGUUUUGGAAUGUGGAAGAGAAAACUAUGAAGAAUAUAAUGCAAGUGCUGGAGCGACAUGAAAUUCAGCCUUAUGAAGUUGCACUGGUUCAUUGGGAGAAUGAAGAAAUUAACUAUAGGAGAGGAGAAGGCCAGUCAAAGCUCCACAGAGGACAAAUAUUGUUAAAUUCUGACCUGGAUAUUGAAGAAGUAAUUCUGCAGAAAUUUGCCUUUUCAAAUGCUCUUUGCCUUUCUGUAAAACUGGCCAUUUGGGAAUCAUCCUUGGAUAAUUUUGUGGAAUCUAUCCAGUCAAUUCCUGAGAUACUAAAGUCAAGAAAAAAAGUGAAACUCUCUCAUGCUGAUGUAAUGCAGAAAAUUGGGGAACUCUUUGCCUUACGGCACCGUAUAAAUCUGAGUUCAGACCUGCUGAUAACUCCUGACUUUUACUGGGACAGAGAGAACCUUGAAGAGCUUUAUGACAAAACUUGUCAGUUUCUCAGCAUUAACCGCAGAGUCAAGGUAAUGAAUGAGAAACUUCAGCACUGCAUGGAGCUGACAGAUCUGAUGCGAAAUCACUUGAAUGAAAAACAUGCCCUGCGAUUGGAAUGGAUGAUAGUCAUACUCAUCACUAUAGAGGUCAUGUUUGAACUUGCCCGAGUAGUUUUUUGACCAUGGCAGAAGUUAAGAGCAUCUGAGGAGAAGUAUGACAGGAUUAUGAAAGCCAUAUUCAGAACACAAAAAGUUCCUCUCUCACCUCUAUUUUCUGUACUCUUCUGGAAAAUGCUGUGAUUGUCUUACUAAAUAAAUGUACUUAUGUAUAAAAUGUACAUCUGUUCAAAUAAACUGAACUUAGUGAAUAAACCAUGUUAAAUUCAGCACCACUAGACAACUGA